AUGCUCGCGGUGUUUGCAGCUGCUGUAGGCACGCUGCUAUCUGUCGUCGAUGCUCGACCCAACAUUCUCGUCUUCUUCCCGGACGAGCUGCGCUUCGACUGGGUCAACAACGGCACCGACACGGAUUUCUUGCAGACGCCCAACAUCGACAGCAUCCGAGAGCGCGGACUCCACUUCAAGCGCGCCAUCACCGCUUCCCCUGUCUGUGGGCCUUCGCGCGCAUGCUUCGCAGCUGCCAGCCACUACGAAGAAGUGGGGGUGCUCACGAACCGCUACAACUUCCCCAUCAACCGGAUGACAACCUACUACAAGCUGCUGCAGGAGGCUGGGUACCACACGAUGGCGGUCGGCAAACUGGACUUGAACAAGAACGACACGCUCAACAGCUUCGGCUGGAACCACGAAGGCAACCUCCAUGCGGCUGAGUGGGGGUUCUCCGACAUGGUCAACUGCGUCGGCGUCUUCGAGUCGUAUUUCUUGACGGAUCCGUACCCCAACGGCUCGUACGUCGAGCCGUACACGGACUACCUGCUUGAGCACAACGUUACGGACGUUUUCCUCAACGACACUCACGCCCGCACGGACGGUGGCAACACCAAGAUCGGCGAUCCUCGGUUCUACAAGGACACGUACCCGAAUCCGCUGCCCGACGAUCUCUACAACGACAACUGGGUGGCUGAGCAGGCGCUGCGUCUGCUCAGUGAAAAGCCUGAUGACAAGGAAUGGUUCAUGAUCGUCAACUGGAACGGCCCGCACUACCCCAUGAGUAUCACCGAGAGCAUGUACGGCCGAAUGCGGAACCGAAGCUUCCCCCAACCAGUCGACUACACGGGCAACUUCACGGCUGAGAUGCACAACCGCACGCGCGCCGACUACGCCGCGAUGAUCGAGAACAUCGACUCCCACAUUGGUCGCAUCCUCUCCGCUGUGAACCUCAGCGAGACGCUCGUUGUGUUUGCGAGUGACCACGGUGAGAUGCUGGGCGACCGCGGUCUGUGGGCCAAGGACGGGACGUCGACAAACGCGGGUGUGUCGCUCAUCGACCUCGCUCGGACGUUCCUGGACGUCGGUGAGGUGGAGGAUGUCCCUGCUCAGAUGUCGGAGGCGCACUCCUUCCGGUCUUUACUUGAGGGUGUGCCACAUGAAAAGCGCGUCCUUCGAUCGGCACUAGGCACGUGGAAGCUGUGGUUCGACGGCCGCUACAAGUACGUGAUCGGGUACAGCGACGACGAGCCCAUGCUUUUUGAUGUGGAAACGGACCCGCACGAGCGCUCGAACCUCCUGCUGUCCACCAAUCCUACUGAGCUAGCGCACUAUGCAAGCAUCAUCCAGUGGCUGCUGGGCAAGGGCGACGUCGUUGAGUAG